AUGGUGCUAGAUUGGAGACCGGCCGGUUCGAUCCCAAUUAUGCCGAAGAAGAAAAAAUAUGGUCGUCUAUUUAUACGACGUUCAAGAAUCUAUCAUUCAUUAGCAAAUAAUAGUUCUUAUCAAGCUCAUCCAUAUUAUAAUCGUUCAAAAACAGCACAUUUAAGACACAGACGUAUAAGACGAAAAAUAUUUAAUGGCGCUGGCGAUGAAAAACCUAUUCCAUCAUCAUCAAUCGAACAAAAACAUAUUGACUUUACUGAACUUGAACAUAUUUUUGAUACUGCUAUUCGAAAUCAUCUUCCAGUUGAACUAUAUAAAGAUAAACCACGAACAAAUAAUAUUGUAGAUGAGAAUCUUCGAUCUGUAUCAAAAUUAGAAUCCGUUAUAAAUAACAAUCCAAUCGAUACACGAAUCGAAUUAUCAAAUCAAAUAACUCAAGAACCUGUUAAAAAUAUCAAUUAUAGUUUUGUUCAUAAAAUUAAACAGCAUAAAAUACUUUCAGCUAUAACUUUUGUUACAUUAUCAGCUAUUAUCGAAUCGAAAAUUAUUAAUUAUCAAUUAGUUCAUAUGACUAAAACAGUUUCAUCAGAUGAUAAUAAUGAACUAUCUUCAUUGAUAGUUGAAAAAUGUCUAUUAAACAAAAUUGAUGAAGAUUCAUCGAUAAACGAUUAUGGUUUAAUAACAACUAUAAAUAAUAAUGAAGUUUUUGAAAAAAUUCGACCAUUAAAAACAAUAACAAAAAUAUUCAAUGAAAAUCAAGCUCAUGGUGAUGAUACACAUAUUGAACUAUCAAAAGAUCGAGAGAAUUUAUUUGAAUUAUUUUCACAUCAAAGUCAAACAGAUAUUCCACGAAUACCGAACGAAUAUUCUCCUAAUAUGACCAUGCAAAUUACCAAUAAAUCUAAUGAAGUACCAAAAACAGAUAAUGAAAAUAGAAUAACUCAAUCUUAUUAUGAUCAAAACGAAAAAGAUCUUAACUUCGGUGAUAUUUCAUUACAACAACAACGACCAUCUAUCGAUGUAUGUGAAUAUGAAAUAGAUUUAGGUAAUGGUCGUAUAACAAAAUCUAUUUCAUCUUAUCAAUCCGAUGAUAAACAACAACAACGAACAACAUCAAUUAUAUCAGCUGAUUCCAUUCAACCAAUAACUACAUUUCGAAUACCAUUUACUAAUAAACUUUAUAAACAACAUAUGUAUCCAAACCAAGAAACUACAAUUGAUCAUUGUGAUGAAUCGAAUAUUUUAUUCAAUUCGCAUGAUUAUGUAAAACAACGACAAACAAAAUUUUCAUUUAGAACAAUAACAAUUUUUAGUAUCGGUACAACGAUUAUUAUUAUUCUUAUGAUUGUUUUAAUAUUUCUUGUCUUUUGA